AGAGGCUUUGAACUCCCCCCAGCAGCGAAUAAAAGAAGGGACACGGGUCAAAAUGCAAAGCCAGGAGCACCAUCUGAGCAGACUUUGCCACACGACCUGGACAGACUUUUGCAUCAGGAAAGAUGUGCAGCAGCAGCAACAGCAUCAUCCAGGCCCAAAAACUGGUGGAUCAACUCCAAAUCGAAGCAGGCAUGGAAAGAUUCAAGAUCUCCCUCACAGCAGCGGAUUUAGUCCAAUACUGUCAGGAACACAGACGCAGCGAUCCUCUGCUCACCGGCAUAUCGGCUUCGUCCAACCCGUUCAAAGAUAAGAAGACCUGCGUGCUACUCUGACACCAGAAGAUCCAUGGCACAAUACAGAAAACGUAGACUGGGAGCUCCAACGGAUUAGUGUAGACAUUUAUAUUUUGCCUGUCAUGUGUUUAUGCCUCAUCUGCAAAAAAUACAUAUAAUUUCUAACGACAAAUUUUCAGGGCUUUCGAUGGAAAAGUUAGAUUCAAAGACAUAUGAACGAAUAUAAGAACAGAAGUACUUUUAUUGUGCAUUGUAGUUUAAUUUGUUACGGCAUACAUACAAUAAACAAUUAAAUAUUUGUGGUUUCUUUGAGGUUUGAACAUAGAAUGAAUAAAAAUUACAAGAUAUAAAUUACACAAUAGUAAAAGGCACCAAAACAACAGAAACAUCCUUGAAUUAAAUCUAUCAUAUGACAAAUAAGAGUGUAAGACAAAAUGACUUGGAAAUGAAUCAGGACUCCAUCAACACUGAACAUCUAGUUAAAAAAAAAAAAAUUCAGGUUGAACCUUAAAAGGAAGUAAAAGGAACAGUUUGUUUAUAUGGCAGUGUGGCUGAAGGUUAUAAAGCUGUCGUUUUAAGCAGACAAAGAAAGUUACAACAGAACCUUCUAUUGUGUUAGAGUAGAGUAGCUUGGUAUUUGCAAGUGUAUUGUACCACACGUGUGUGACAUAUUGUGUCAGUGUAAUUUCACUUCAAUAUAUUGGUUUAUUGGAUUUCAACAUGGAAAUAUUCCUUAGUUAAGAUAAAAUCCAGGGGUGCAUUUAUCUUUUCACCAACAAAUAUAAACAGACAAAAAAA